UCUGGGAGUUCAGCCAGAUGUUGCUAUCCUCUCACAAAAUGUCGUUCAGUUACGGAGCACAACAAAGAACGAUGCUAAGUCCGGGCUAAAACUCUUCGCAAUGAAGAAAAAAAAGUUCAAGUUUGACGUCGGCUUCCUCUUGAAUGCUCUUACAAGCGUUCCUUAUGUGAGCGGGGUAAUUUUUGCCAAAAUGCGACUGUUAGAUGGUGGAAGUUUCGCUGAUUUUUCAACCAGAAAGGAAGUGCAAAAUCACUGUGUCAAAUGGAAUACGAACUUCAAAUUUCCGUGCAAGAUGACUGCUAGUGCGGCAAAUGGUGUUUUAGACGUGUGUCGUUGCAGAGUUUCUGUUCGCAAGGAGACAAAAGGAGGAAAAUCUCAUAUCAAGCUGGGUUUUGUGGAUAUUAAUCUUGCGGAGUUCGCUGGUUCAGGAACUCUGACACGCCGGUAUAUCCUUGAAGGUUACGAUGAUAAAACAUCCCGGCAAGAUAACUCCAUCCUUGAGAUACAAGUGACCAUGCAGCUGAUUUCUGGUGAUCCACUGUUCAAGGUACCAGGAACUCCACGCCAGAGUCGCAUGAACGUCACAGAGACCGAAGAAAACCGCGCCCCUCAGCCAGAAGCAACGACAGGACCCUCUCUCUCACGCAAGAGCUCUGGGGAAGAAAGCAGAAAGAGCAGCUUUAGCAGUAACACAGCAAGUGCGACCAGCCCAGUUGGUACCGCAGGUGGCACCCUCAAUGACUCACAGCUGCCGUUCACACCUGGGCAUGUUCGGAGCUCAAGUGAACCCCCUAUCGUAGGCCAUGUGCGCAGCGCAAGCCUUCACUCUCGGAUCUCUGGGUACUCAACAGGGCCAUCUGUUUCAUCUAGUUUAGAGGGACAGCAGAGAGUUCCAAGUCAGUCUGGCACAGCCGAACCCAUCCAUUCAAGCUCUGAAGAUACUGGGAUUUGUGACUCGGAGCAUACUUUAUCACCAUCAUCUGUCCGCUCACGGAAAGGGAGUUCCUCCCAGCAUGAUUGGAGGAAAUCAAUAGAGGAUAAGAAGGGAAGCUCCCAUAGUAGAGUGGAUGCUGAAGAUAUUGUGGAUCAGAUCCUGAAGGGACAAGAAUUCAUCUCUGAUGACUUUUCUGGAGAUGGGAAUGAGAUCUCUCUGCAUUUUGCCAAUGAUGGAACUUUAUCAGGGAGAAUUAGCAAACCUGUUCCAGAUUAUGCAGACAAGUACAGGACUUUGUAACUCAGCUAUGUAAACCCUUCUACUUGUAUCUGAUCACCUUGAAACCUUGUGCAUGCUCUCUGCCAAAAAUUCUAGAGAAUCCACAAUUUUUUACAAGUUAAAAAUUUCAAAUGGCCCAUUACAUUUCUGUGGGGCAGAUGAGUCCUAGCGACGGCUGUAAAUUGAGCUUGAAGCAAUAGGCAAUACAAAGGUAAAAAAAAUAGAUUUAGGGCUAUUGGAACUUAUAGCUGUAGCUAAAUAAUUAUACUGUAGCUUAUCUGUGACAGUGCUACAUAUUGUCAUGGCCCAAAUCAAUCAAGUGGGACUAAGCUGUCAAAACGCCCUAAUACUACAGUAGCUAUGGCCAUGGAGUAGACUGCCAAAUAUCCAAACUCAAGGUAAAUAGGGUUGUUGUCAUUGAAUGAAAGAUAUAAAACUGUUGAUCAGUGUUUAUAUCCCCUCAGCCAAUGGCUACGUAGUGUUAGGGUUACAUUUCACUGUAUUUGUUCAGGAUCGUAGCUUGCAGCAAUCACCUUUUUUCUUUUUUUUCCUGUAGGGGUGGGGAACCUAGUAAAAUCCUAAUUUCAAAACUACAGCCUGAACUAAUACGAGGAAUGACUGUGGAUUGGCUCCUCCCCUCCCCUCCCUGAUAAUCAGAUAGUCAAGGAAUUUGUCCUGUCUGGGUGCUUCAGAGAUGCCUUGAGCUAUGGUAAAUGGCAUGGGUCUAGUAGCAUUUGUUUCAGCACAACCUUGAAACAACCCUGACUAAGUGUUGGGUGGUGGUCGCAAUGGCAUUGUGGUGUUUCAAGGCUACAUGGCUGUGGAUCUGAGGGUCGUUAGACUGUUGAUCAGUUGACCUCAGCUCAGCUUAUUAUCAUGCACUACAAGGAUUGGACUCUUCUUUAAGACUCUGGCAUGCCUCACGUUGUUGUUUUGGGUUUAUUAUUCAUAUUGAAAAAUAUAUCAUCAUUUUGAAAAAAAAUUAUUAUGCAUAGCAUAUUUUAAUGUUUUAGCAAUAGAAUGGAACCAUUUCUGUUGUAGGAUAAAUUGAAUCAAUGAUUCAAGUGGAUUCAAUUUGCUACUAAAAUUUACACUUUAUUUGCAUUGAGGAAAGAUUUAAAGCAUUGAGGAUGCAGAGUCUUGUAAUAAGCAGUAUCCCUCAGAAAUCUCAAGGCACACUCAAGCAUCUGUCAACUCAAGUUGGACAGAAGUCUUGUGAAAUUGGGUGAAGUUCAUACAGAAUAUGUGAAAAACCCAAGAGAGCCAAUGCGGGUGAAUACAGAAAAUAUGAAUAUUAACUCACAAAAAUUACGCUUGUGAUGAGGUCCAAAAUCCUUGACACCCGCUGAAUGUGGGUGAGUUGACAGCUACUUUGUGCUCAAGCAUAAAUCUGUAUCCUUGGAUUGUAUUGGCAGGUACAGUAGCUAUUAGGCAAACAACCAUUAGGCAACAAGGUUACUAUAAUGAACUAGGAUGGUUGCCUAAUGACUAACAACAUAGCAAACUUAAAUAAUUAUGAAUAACUGUAAAAAAAUGGCAUCACAGCUUUAUCAAGCACUAUCAAGCACCACAAAAAUACACUCAAGGAUUUGUAAUAAUGACGAAUAUAUUAUAAGUCAGGUUAUACUCUACAUAAUUAGUCAGUCUAGUUAAUAUCUAUAAUGUUAUUUAUUGCAGUACUUUAGAAUUAGGCAGACAAACAAUCAGAAUUACUAAUUCCAUCUUUAUUAUGCCUCCAAGAUUGUUAGUAUUGAAAAUUUUAUCAAUGGUCAUACAGCUAAUAAUAUUAGUACAUGCUUGACAAUGUAUGACUAUAUGAUUUAUUGUUUCUGUUAUUUGUAAUUGAUUGAUUUAGGAACUACCACCCUCUACCUAGCUGAUUUCAGUUGUAUUAGUGUAGUAGAGCUUGUUGUGAUCUGCUGUCACUGUAGCCAUGGAAACAUCAGCUGGCCUGGUGUCUACAUGCAAGAGAUAGCUGGUCUUAGCACAACGUUCUAUUGGCAAUACCAUUUUGUUCGAUUAAAUAAGGUUCCUAUCACAAAAUACUUUCUGUAGCCCCAUAUCAGCGAUCUCAGCUUGGUAGAUGCUGAACUUUAUUUUUGUAAAAAAAAUUCUCUGGAAAUUUUGAAAAUAAUUAUGUAAGUAGGAUAUCGAUUUUCAACUUGCUGCUUAAGUAUUGAAACAGCUUAAUGUCAGCCCUGUCCUAUAAUUGCUUGAGCAUUUUGGUAUAAAGACUUCAAAUUGCUGUUAAAGAAAAGUUACAGCAAUUAUGCAGGCUUUUAAUGAAGGCACAUGUUAACCAAGAGAGGUUGUGAUCGCAGGAAAGAUAACAUACUAAACUGCCUUGUCACUCUUUGAGUAGUAUCUGUUAAUGCCCUAGUGUAAUGGUUUGGCUUGUCCAGCUAAACGAUCAUGCAAUUGACGAGGCCUGGGUCCUACCUCCCACUAUGUUUUUGUUAGAGCUAGUUGUAGAAGGAAACUCUUUGUAACAGGCAAAGAAAGGUAUCUUAGGAAUGCAAUGUAAAUGGCAGAGUGUUACAGUAUUUGGGGUGAAUAAAAAAACAUAGAAUAA